AUGGUAUUGGAUACCCACCUUGAGGAGCAAUUCGACGCCGCAGCCGGUGAUCCAGAACCAGUAUUCUCUGACUCUUUCGAAAAUGGAUUUCGUUACUAUGUGCACCCUCCAGAUGCGAUACCUUAUCUGACAUCAGAGGGAAUAAGCGUUUCUCCAACAGCUCGUGUUUAUUCAGCUAUUUCUACGAGCACUUAUAUAUUGCUUCCUCGCAAGAACUGGGGUAACUGCACAUCGGAAUGGCCUCCUGGAUUCACGAGCCUUUCACCGUACUCAGCAGUGAAUUGCGAUGCCAAAUGCAAAGCUGACUAUUUCAAUGCGAAAUGCGGAUGCAGUCCAUUCACUUACGACAUCGAUAAUGCAUAUCCCAUGUGCUCUCCAUUCAAUACUGUUCGAUGUGUUGAUGAUCACUUAAGGAAGACAGUCGAUGGUAUCCACUUCUACGAUAUUCCGAAGUGCAAUUUAUGUGUAUGGAAUGUGAGAGCACAGUUUACCAUGCGUACAACUCCUACGGUCAAGGCUUCAGCAAUGGUGCUUUAA